UUGAAUUCCGAGCGACGCCAGUGAGUGGCGUGUGUCGCCGGCGCGAUGGCCGACUCCCCGGCCUUUCUCUCCGCUCAAGACGAGGGGUCCUUUGCAUAUCUUACGAUUAAGGACAGAACACCACAGAUCUUAACCAAGGUGAUUGAUACGUUGCAUCGACAUAAAAGUGAAUUUUUUGAAAAACAUGGAGAGGAAGGCGUUGAAGCUGAAAAGAAAGCCAUCUCUCUUCUUUCUAAAUUACGGAAUGAACUGCAGACAGAUAAACCAAUUAUCCCGUUGGUGGACAAAUGUGUUGACACGGACAUAUGGAAUCAAUACCUGGAGUAUCAGCGGAGCCUUUUAAAUGAAGGUGAUGGGGAACCUCGCUGGUUCUUCUCGCCCUGGUUGUUUGUAGAGUGCUACAUGUAUCGGAGAAUUCAUGAAGCCAUCAUGCAGAGGCAAGUGUACAGCCAGCAGAUAACAGGUUCUGAAGGAGGUUCCCAAAGAGGAGCUGCAAAGUGCUUUGGCAAUGACAGCACCCUUGGAGUAGAGGUGUGGCUUCCCAACUCACUGCUGGUCAGAAGGAGCAGCAGCACCUGUCCGCCAAUCCAUGACUUCGAUGUGUUUAAGGAAAGCAAAGACGAGAACUUCUUUGAGUCGCAGGACUCCAUCGAAGCUCUGUGCAGACACUUGCUGCAGCUGAAACCCGUCAAAGACCUUGGGGAAAACCAGAUCCAGGACGAGUUCUUUAAAUUCCUGCAGAUUUCCCUCUGGGGGAAUAAGUGUGACCUGUCUCUCUCAGGUGGAGAAAGUAGUUCUCAGAAGGACAAUAUUAUAAAUUGCUUGCAAGACCUAAAACCAUUCAUUUUGAUAAAUGACACAGAAUCUCUCUGGGCAUUGCUCAGUAAGUUAAAGAAAACAGCAGAAACACCCGUAGUUAGAGUAGACAUUGUUCUGGAUAAUUCUGGGUUUGAACUGAUCACUGAUUUAGUAUUUGCAGACUUCUUGUUAUCCUCUGAGUUAGCUACUGAGAUUCAUUUUCACGGGAAAACUAUCCCAUGGUUUGUGUCUGACGUUACUGUGCGUGACUUUAAUUGGAUAGUCGAGCAUAUGAAGAGUAGUAAUCUGGAGUCCAUGUCCACCUGUGGGAUCAACUGGGAGACUUAUGUUAGGAUGGGGAAGUGGGUUUACCACGACCAUGCGUUUUGGACUCUGCCUCAUCCAUAUUGUAUGAUGCCCCAGGUCGCCCCUGACUUAUACGCUGAACUGCAAAAAGCAUGUCUUGUUUUAUUCAAGGGAGAUUUGAAUUAUAGGAAGCUGAUGGGUGACAGAAAAUGGAAGUUCACCUUUCCGUUCCAUCAGGCUCUGAGUGGCUUCCACCCUGCACCUCUCUGUAGCAUAAGAACAUUAAAGUGUGAGCUUCAGGUUGGUCUGCAGCCUGGGCAGGCCGAGCAGCUCACGGCCUCUGAUCCCCACUGGCUGACCACUGGCAAGUAUGGAAUAUUUCAGUUUGAUGGGCCACUUUGACUCCACUCAGGAAUUUCUGGUUGCAGACAGUGUUCUGAGAAUCUCCCUUCAGCCUCAGAGAAACAGUGCAUGGAUUUAGGCCUGGCUUCUCAUCAGCAUAGGAAGCCCCAUUUCUCAGCUCCUGUGCUAUCUUAUGUACUUACUGUAUGUAGAUGAGGCUUCCUUGGAAUGGUUUCCCUCACUGCAUUGUUUUAGGUUUGAAGCCAGUUACACUUCUGUUGGGCCAUUAGUUACUUACUAUGCCAAGUUAAAUGCAAACUUUCAAGUGGUUUUAAUGAACUAAUUUUUUGAAUGAACUAAUUUUUCAUUUCAAAGAAUGCAGAAAAUGUAAGUGAAUGUUGCUUUAAAAACGAAUUUACAUGUUAGUUAAUCCUGUUUUCUUAAGCUGAAUGAUUAUUUAAUAUCUAGGAGACUUAAGUAUUAUUUAACUUAGUUUUGGCUCUCGAAUUCACAGCCCAGUGACAUGCUUUGUAAGAGCUCUCCCAGGAGGCAUGUGCAUGAUGCCUGAACACACAGAGACAGAAUUACCUCAGACCUCAACCACAGCCUGCUCUCUCUCGCACGGUUAAGUUUUCAAAGCUCAUUUUCUUGCAUAGAUUUGUGUUUUGAUUGACCUGCAGAAUGGGUCAAAGCACAAUUGAACAUCAUAAACCAACAGUGAUUGACAAAGUAUAAGUAGUUUUGCUUCCGUUGUCCUAUGAUUGCCAUGCUGACGUCACCACCACAGCAGUGUCCAGAUGAACUCAGUGUUGUUUGCAGUAGCACACUGUGGAGACGAAUGUUAUGUGUUGUUUUAGAUACUGUCAGGCUGAGCUCAGUCUUCAUAUCACACGUUGUGAAGUUCCUCACCUCAGUCAUAGUCAUAGUCUGUAAAUUCAUGUUACUCUGUUUCAAAACAGUUGGAACUAAAGUUGGAGCUGCUUUCUUGUACUGGAAUAAUAAAAUGAUUUUUGCACAGAA